GAAUAGAAAAUGUCGAACAAAUUGCAAAUAGAAUGCAAUAAUUUUAGUGAUGUUAUUUAUGUGAAAUUAUUAAAUAAACAUGGCAUUACCCAGUUUUUUUAUUAUACAUUUUGAUAAAGUUUUAAUUUCUCGCAAAAAACUCUACAUAUAAUGCUCAAAAAUAUUUUACGAAAGCAUUUAUAACCACGUACGUUUAGUUGACAGAUUCUUCAGGACAUGGCAGAAUGCGCAACACUUUCAAACGGAAAUACGAAUACAGCGCAAUCAACAAAAAAUGGAAGAGUCAAAGAUACUCUUUUUGACCCGUCAAUUGAAAUGAUGGUAAAUGAUUUUGAUGAUGAAAGAACACUUGAAGAAGAAGAAGCACUCGCAGCUGGUGAAUCUGAGGACUCAACUACGGAGUUAACUAGUUUACAAAAGGAAAGUGAAAUGCCUUUAUCGCAAUUGUUAGAAAUGUAUGGAUACGGAAAUGAGAUUGAGAAUGAAAACGAAAAUGAAAAUGAAAAUGAGAAUGACAAUGAAAAUGCUGUUCCUGAAACAGAAGACGAAGGCGCUUCUAGAGCUCCUAGUGAAUCAGGAGGAGAAGAUCAACUAGAUAUGGCAUCAGAUGAUCACUCAGCAUUAAAACAACUUUAUGAUCCUGUACCUAAUGAAGAAGCAGUUGGUACAUCACGGCUUUUACGAUCUCUUUCUCGGCCACAAAGUGAGGAAGAAGAUGAAGACUAUGACUACAGUCCUGAUGAAGAAGAAUGGAAGAAGGUAAUAAAGACAAUUAUGGUAGGUAGCGACUAUCAAGCUUCAAUCCCAGAGGGACUUUGUAGUUACGAUGAUGCUUUACCUUAUGAGAAUGAUGAUAAACUACUCUGGGACCCAUCUCAUUUAUCUCAAGAAGCUAUUGAAUCAUAUCUUUUGAAAAAAGAUGUCUGCCCGAUUACUGUUGGUCUCUUACCUCUCGGAAAUCAAUUAAAAGAUGAUGAACAAGCUUUGUUUCUGCUGCAACAAUGUGGUCACAGUACUGAUGAGGCUCUCCGAAGGAUUAGAAUUAACUGUGUCGCUUCCGUGGACACUAUGAGUUUGUGGUCAGAGGAAGAAUGUAAAAAUUUUGAAAAUGGUUUAAGAAUGUUUGGGAAGAACUUCCAUGAGAUUCAACAAAAUAAGGUUCGAACAAGAUCUGUAGGUGAAUUGGUUCAAUUUUACUAUCUGUGGAAAAAGACAGAACGCCAUGAUGUAUUUGCUAAUAAAUCAAGAUUGGAAAAGAAAAAAUAUACUCUUCAUCCUGGUUUGACCGAUUAUAUGGAUAGAUUUCUUGAAGAACAAGAUGCGGUCAUGCGGGAUAGAAGUUGUUCACCAGCAGUUAACCUUUGCAAUGAUUCCAAAGGUUUUCCUAUGGAUACAUCAUUGGGAGCUGUUCCACCUGAUCCUCUCGCAGUUGGUGAGAGAGAGGUAUUUUCUGGCUUAGCAUCUCCAACAGAUAUACAUACUGAAGGCAGUACGGAUAACACUGACCAGGAAUACCAGAACAAUUUUCAUUGAUGGCCUAAAUUAUGUUUGAAGAGUUCUGAAUUUCAAGGAUACUAAGUAAAAAAAAGUUAGUUUAUUGUGAAUUAUAAAGAUAAAACUGUAUUAAAAGGACAUUGUGUAAGAAGCAUGCGGACAUAUUAUAUCUACAAGUAUAUGCAAGAAAAAUAUGAUAAAUAUAUUUUUUUAUUUCUGUCAUAAUUUAUUCCAAGAGAA